UGUUUGCCAUAUUUUAGAUAUUACAAUUAAACUAAAAAAGGAAAAAAAACUAAAAUAACAGUGUUGUUAAACAGUGAAAGAUGCGCACAACUUUAGGCAGUUGGCCAAAGUUUUCAUUGCUGUGCAGCAAAUAUAAUCACGCCAAUCACAAAGACGUCGCCACUUAAGCGAUAUUAAAGUAACAAAAUCAACUGCAACUCAAAGCUAAACCAGUGCUAAGAAAACAGUGUUGAACAAUGUCUUCGGAUACAAAUUCGUGCGCCGGCUUCUUUGUCCAGGAGCACGCAAAUGCGACGCUCUCGCAAUACUUUCAGCAGCUCAACUCGCAGGUGGCUGCAGUUGUAGCCGGCAACAGCAGCAGCGGCAGCAGCAAUAAAGGUGCCAACAACAGCAACAACAGUAGCAGCAGCAGCAGCACCGGCAGCAACAACAACAACACCAACAACAACGGCAACAGCAGCAGCGGCGGCAACAGCGACAGCGGAAACGAUGGCAGUCUGUCCGGCGCGACGGCAGCCGCAAUGGACAACCAUCGCAGCAGCGUCAGCAGCAAUGAUUCCGGCAAAAGCAGCAACAGCAACAGCUCUUCAACAACAGCAGCAGCUGCUGCAGCCGCCGCAGCAGCAGCGGCGAAUGCCUGGAACUUGCAGCAACAGCAAACAGCAGUGCUGCAUCAUCAUCAUCAUCAGCAACAGCAGCAGCAGCAGCAACAACAGCAGCAGCAACAACAACAGCAGCAGCUGCAGCAACAUCAUGUACAGCAGCAACAUGCUGCUGCCGUGGCUGCAGCUCAACAGCAAUUGCAGCAGCAGCAACACUCACAUCACGCGCAGCAGCAACAUGCACAUCAGCAACAUCAGCAGCAACAGCAACAGCAGCAGCAGCAUCAACUGCAGCAUCAGCAGCAACAUCCUCAGCAACAUCAUCCACAUGCACACAAUCCGCACUUGCAUCCACAUCAUCCGCACCAGCAACAGCUACACCAGCAACAUCAACAUCAGCAGCAGCAGCAACAACAACAACAACAACAGCAACAGCAGCAGCACCAACAUCAUGCUGCUCAGCUGGCACACACACUCUCCUCCGCAGCAGCUGUUGCCGCUGCAGCAUCCAACACCAACACCCACUCGAUCUUUGGCACCGGCAAUUUCCACUACAAAACCAACAAUUCGUGGACGUUGCCAACGCUCAGCUAUCAGCGCAUCUAUCAGGAGAACUCGCAUUAUCAUCAGCGCAGCAACAGCUUCAUGGAGGCCCAAAGCUCGACGAACGAGGCGGCGGCGGCGGCAGCAGCAGCAGCUGCAGCAACGGCUGCUGCAACGGCGGCUGCUGCUGCUGCGGCGGCAACAGCAACAGGCAAUGGCAACAGCAGCAACAACAACUCAGCUGAUAACCACAGCACCAGCAACAACAACAACUCCAGCAACAACACCAGCACCAGCAGCAGCAGCAGCAACAACAGCAAUGCCUCAGCAGUGCAACACGUGGCAAGUGCUGUGGCAGCUGCAGUCAUUGCCAACGAGCAUCAAAACCAUUUGAACAGCCUGAAGGCUCGCUUUCAGCCAUCCAGCUCAGGCAGGAAAUCUCCAUUUUUGGGUUUUAUUUGCAAAGCAAACGGCAAAUCCACAUCGAAUAGCAAAGAAAUCAUCUGUCCGGAUGACAAAUACAAAGAGGAGGGCGACAUCUGGAAUGUUGAGGCGCAAACCGCAUUUCUCGGGCCCAAUCUGUGGGACAAAACCUUGCCCUACGAUGCGGACCUCAAGGUAACACAAUAUGCGGACUUGGACGAGUUCUUGUCGGAGAACAAUAUACCCGACGGCCUGCCGGGCACCCAUUUGGGCCAUGCCGGCGGCCUCGGCCAUCGAUCCGAUUCCCUGAGCCAUGCAGCUGGCCUGUCCCUGGGUCUGGGGCACAUAACCACAAAGCGCGAGCGAUCGCCAUCGCCCUCGGAUUGCAUUAGUCCCGAUACGCUAAAUCCGCCAUCGCCGGCCGAAUCAACAUUUUCAUUCGCAUCGUCGGGGCGGGACUUUGAUCCGCGCACCAGAGCAUUCUCCGACGAAGAGCUCAAACCGCAGCCGAUGAUUAAAAAGUCACGCAAACAAUUUGUUCCAGAUGAGCUCAAGGACGACAAAUACUGGGCCCGACGACGAAAGAACAACAUCGCUGCCAAACGGUCCAGAGAUGCACGUCGCCAGAAGGAGAACCAAAUUGCGAUGCGUGCACGCUAUUUGGAAAAGGAAAAUGCCACGUUACAUCAGGAGGUCGAGCAGCUAAAACAGGAGAACAUGGACUUGCGUGCACGUCUAUCGAAAUUCCAGGAUGUGUAAUGAAAAUUAUAUAACAAAUAAAAUAUAUAAUAUAUAAAAGAAAAUGUGACUUUGAGCGAUACGAAAUACCACAUCAACAAUUACAUUAUAAUGAAUAAUAAUACUUAUAAUAUUAAACCUGUCUAUCGAUAACUGAUAAAAACGAUAAAAAUUAUACUAUAAUAACUUUUAGUAAAGAGACAAAAUGAGAAAAACCUAAAC